CGCAGCACGUAAUGUUAGAGUUCUUCCUCUAGUAGUGCGCAAAGAGUUAGCAUGUGCAUGUGUGACUGAAGAUUCCGCUUAAUUCAGAUUUACAGACCGUGUUUAAACACAUUAUAUUAUUGUUCUCAUCUUCAGCGGCACCAUGAGCACGUUAUGGAUGGGAAACCUGGAGACCUACAUGGACGAGAAGUUCGUCACCAGAGCAUUUUCCACCAUGGGCGAGCAGGUGGUGAAUGUGCGGAUCAUACGAAACAAGAUGACAGGUGUGUCAUCACCCAGGGGGGCCCUGGGCUACUGCUUCGUGGAGAUGACGGACGAGGCCACGGCCGAGAGGUGUCUACGAAAGAUCAACGGGAAAGCUUUACCCGGAGCCAGUCCGCCCACGAGGUUCAAGUUAAACCGAGCCACGUUUGGGAAACAGGACAGCGGUCAGAUGUACUCUCUGUUUGUGGGAGAUCUGACUCCAGAGGUGGACGAUGGGAUGCUCUAUGAGUUCUUCUACAACCGUUACCCCUCCUGUCGGGGGGGCAAAGUGGUGCUGGACACCAUGGGCAACUCCAAGGGUUGUGGAUUUGUUCAGUUCCCAGACGAGCGGCUGCAGAAGCGAGCACUGGAGGAGUGUCAGGGCGCUAUGGGUCUGGGGAGCAAACCUCUGAGACUCAGUCUGGCUGCAAACAAUUUAAGGAACCGUCAGCAGCAGUCAGAAAACAAAUCGUGGCAGCCCGGCUCCUCUUACAAAUACAACUACGACCACUACAACCAGUACAACCAGUACCAGCAGCAGGCCUACCCCGGCUACUACAACUCCUGGGGCUACGACCAGAACGGAGCGGGGUACGGUUACAACUACCCGCAGUAUGAUUACUCACAGUAUGCUGCCCAGGAAACUGAAGCUGAAACUGAACCUGUGCAGGAUGACGGGAUUGAAGAUCCCAGUCCGGAGCUGGACGUGGUGGAGGCAAACAGGAAGUUCAUGGAGCUCAGUGAGGAACUUUACGACGCUCUGAUCGACUGUCACUGGCAGCCUCAGGAGUUCUCUGAAGAACAGGAUUUUAUGGAAUCCAGUCUGCCGGAACCGAUCUCCUGCUGAGACCGGACUCUUCAGACUAUACCCCCUCAUGGGGACGAUCGGCUGUCUGCUGGCGUGUUCACAGUGUGGAUUAUUUUUGUAAGGACGUAAUGAAACGUUGGAUUGAAGCCUGCUAAUGUGUAAAAUGAAUACAAACAUAUGAGUCUCAUCAAGAAAUAUUUAUGAUUUAUUCAGAACACACUUAAGGUUGUCAGAAGUUUUGAUACUCAGAUAUUUUUCGGUACCCUGUGUUUAAGAGUGAAAUGUUAUUGUAAUGAUUAAAAGAAUCAAAAGUACCAACGCUUGUCAGGGUGCCGGUAGCCUAGAGCGCGCCCUCCAUGAAGUGAGGCUUAAGUCCUCAAGAGGGGGCGGAUCUGUGUGUAGUCCUGUCCUGUCAAACAUUAAGGAAAACUUCAGAUCUUUGGUCGUUUAUAAACCAAAAGCUCCUGAGUGACAGAGAGAGAGAUGUCUGUCCAAAUUGUACAAAUAAUUUGGAGUGGUUUUGGUACCAAUGUUUGAUCAUUUCAUUUGUCCAUUAAGACCAUGUGCAGAAUUUGUUUUCAAUUUUUUGUAAUAAAUAAAA